UCUUGUCAGAUAUAGAUAGACCUAGAUCUUUCCCAUGAAGUUCAUUAGCUUUGUAUUAGUUUUUGUCGUCUUUGUCAUCCAAACUACAGUUCUUGACGGAGCUGCAGUUGAAAGUGCUCUCAAUGAAGACAAUGGAUCUGAAUUGGGAUAUAUCUUUUUGGAAAAAGGAUUAGAAUCACUGACAAGAAAUGUUCGAAAUUCAAACCAAGAUGAAGAAGUCAAGAGAGCGGAGAAGAAAUCUGGAAGAGAUAAGAAAACCCUAAACAACAACAAGAAAAAAAACGGGGAAAAGAGCAAAAAGGAGGAAAAGGACAAAAAGAACAAAAAGGGCAAAAAGAGUAAAAAGGAGAAAAGGGUAAAAUCAAUGAAUAGAACGCUUAAGGAGAAAAAGAUUAAUGAAAAAGAUAGGAAAAUAGAAAGUCGAGCAGUGACGGAAAAAUGUGUUACGGACCUUGCAGAGCUUUCUGGAAUCUUUGGUAAUCAAGCUCGAAACUUCUAUCAGAUUGCAGGCAGAGCCCUGAGUGCCAACAGUAUAAUUGAAAGCAAAAAUGGGAAGAAAACCAACUUUAAGGAUUCCUACGCUAUUCUGCUGAGCAGUGUGGGAGGAAAUCCCAAAAAUGUGACUUGUGCCGGAACUACGGUCAAAAAUGAUUCAGUUUCAGAAACUGCAACCAUUUUGGAAGCAUGCGAGACAAAGAUUGCAGAAGCCUGUGGUACAACUUUAUCUGCAGAAGACUUGAAACUGAUAACAGACUGCAGAACAGCAGCAGAUGAUUUCAGGAAACUUUAUUCAUCCCUCAUGGUCUUGAACAAUGCGAAGACUGCUACGGAGCUUUGCACUGCAGCAACUGACAGUAAACUUCAAAGUUUGAAAGAUCAAGUAAGAAAUUGCGCAUUUUUGACCACCAAUGGAGGAGCUGCACAAGCACAGCCGGGGCAGAGAAAUGCCUGCAAUAAAGCUUUUGCUAACUGCAGAACGGCUGAAAGAAACACUCUGUCAGCUGUGGAUAAAUGCUUCGUUUGUCCUCGCCCAACAACACCCACUGCUCCUGGUGUAACUACAACUAAAAGCAUCAGGAUCAGGAGCAGGAGAUUUCCUCAAAUUAAGGAUUUCCCCUUAUUCAAAUCUUAGAAGUAGAACACUAUUCUAGAAGGAUAGUUUUCAAACUGCUACAAUAUACAACACACAACUACAACUUCUACACUCGCUAGAACAUAGAAAACAAAGACAACAAAGACAAUAAUGACGACUAAAAGACGACAAAACAACUACUUCUUCUGGUAUUGUUGACGACAAACGACGAGACUUGUAUAACUACUAUUUCAAAUACUACUACAUCUAUACACCUACAUUUACUUCUGCAAUUACUUCUAUGCAACUACUUCUACAACUACUUCUACAACUACUUCAACAACUACUUAUACAACUAAUUCAACAACUACUUCAACAACUACUUCAACAACUACUUCUACAACUACUUCUACAACUACUUCUCUGACUACUUAUACAACUACAUCUAUGAUCUAUGACUACAUCUACGACUACUUCUACAACUACUUCUGCAACUUCUUCUACAACUAUAUCUGCGACUACUUCUACUACUACUUCUACAAUACAUGCUAAAUUUACAGCAAUCACUAAUUCUAAUUGGUUCUUUAACAUUUGAUCAUCAAAAAUGUAAUUCAUAUUUUGCUGUUAAAUUUUCAAUAAAAUUAAUCAAUCAGAAAA